ACGAGAGGAACAACUACACGUGUGAUUGCGUGAAUGGCUACACAGGGAAACAUUGUGAAACUGUCGUUUCGAUUUGGAAAAUCGCUGGAUGGACUCUUAUCGCUCGAUUUUCAAAUGACGACACCAAGAACUGGAUGGCUGAUAGCGGCUAUUGGUGGUACGACAAGCAAGUUGCCAUGGGGACAACAAGUAGUACUACUGAAAACGCCGACAUGAUCUCACCCGCCUUUUGGUUGACCAGCGGAAAUGAGCUUAAAAUCACGCGCAGUGACGACACCAAUCACAUUCCCCUGUUACAGACCACAGGUAACUGUUUGACCGGACAAACAUUCCGAUCUAAACUCAAGAGUUAUGGAAACUUUAGAAACGGCACAGUUUGGGCCAGUGACCAGUGUUUAGGAAACUGUACGGUUAUAUAUGGCGGACAAUAUAUGUCAACAGACGGGUUUCAACAAGCUGAGUGCAACGGAACCAUCCAAAGUCCCAACAAGAUUGGCUUUUGGUGUGAUUGGAGCUCUGGUGAUGGAGCAGUGAUGAUGAUUGGUGGAGGAGGAAGUAAAUGUGAUCGUGCAGAUCACGGGAUUGGAAUUACAGAGGCUAACGCUGCUUCGUUUGUAGAUGGGGGCACAGAUGAAUUUGACUUUGGUUAUGACGCUAAUACAGGAAAAACUGCAUCCCAGUCCUAUGCGCUGAACUUGUGGAUUCGUUGA